AUGCGCACUCAGCCCCUCGGGAAGGCUAACGUGGGGAGUGCGGAGGUGCCAGGGCGGGCACGUCCGGGGCGGCUGCGCGCACGCCAAGGGGGCGUGCCUGGCGAGACUUUGGCUAAGAUCCUAGGAUCCCACAGCGUCAGGCUAGGAGCUCGGCGGCUGGGUCAGUGUGGCGGCGCGAGGGGGGGACCGCGAGCGGCGUGGCUGUGGGAUCCUGCCCUCGGAAGUACGCUGUUGUGCCUGGUGUGCGAGAGCAGAUCCUCUGACCUGGCGGCCCCUUCUGCGCAUUCUCGGAUUGCCUUGGAUGAUGGCCUGCGUCUGACAGUCCCUCAACUCUUCCCCGGCUCAGCUUCCCUGGUCCUCAUCGUUUACCUGGAAUGGCAGUCUGCCACACCCUGCCCAGCCGCUUCUUGGCCUCUUGUGUUGUACCUGACUCUUCUGGCCACACUAGGCCUUCAGUGGGCACUUCCUCCCUUUAUUCCUGGCAUGCCUCAUGGCAGGCGCUGUUGGCAGAACCCUGGUAAUCCUGUCCAGAUGGCAGCCAGUUUCACCAAAGCACACCCUUGGCAGCAGAUGGCGGAUUCUUGGAUUAAGAGGCUCUGCUAUGGAACUGCAUGUGUGUGCACCACCAUGGAACAAAACAGUACAGCUAAUGAUUCUUCUGGCAGUAAGCCCAUAGAAAGGGGCCCUCCAGCUGGAUGCACACCGGAACCCUGGCCACUCAGGACGGACUUCCACGGGGUUCCUGGCUCCAGUGGUACCUUCGAUGGCACUCCAUGACUUCUGGACUUUCCUGGCCCCGAUGGGCAAUUAUAUGUCUUCCACUUUGAGCACUGUCAGGGCAAUUGCAGCUGUGUCUAUGAGAGCCUCAGUUGACUGACAGGCCCAGCCUAGGCCUGGGCAGCCCCCUGCCUCAAUAGGGACCUGCCUUUGCCUGAUGAUCGUGAACUCUUUUGCCCGGAUCUCAAAGAAGUUAUUCAAGACCCACACAGUUUUGUUGAACACUAUGCCACUAUCUCCUGUCCUCUGCCUUCCACAUCAAGCCAGCCACCAGUGGCCCCACAGCUGCCUACACUAAGGCAGGACUUAGGUUCUCAGUGGCCCUAAUGUCCAGUGUGGAUACUCCCUUGAGGCCUGCCUUAGCUGCUCCUUCUGACCCCUGCUUGGUGCAGGUCUAACCCUAUAUCCAGAAGUGCCUGACCUGAACAGCAGCUGGCCAAGGAAGGUUCUCCUGGACCCCAAGAUCCCCUGACCCAGGCUAGUUUUGGAUUUAGCCCUAUUGUAACUGCUAUGAGGCCAGCUGCUUCCUAUCCAAAGGAGGCAGCCCCCAAAUUUGUCUCAGUACCUUUAAAAUCUGUUAACUCCUCUUCUUAGAAGCUAGAAUCAGCUCAUCUGAGCUUAGAACCCCAGAAGACAGAGAAGAGUUCUGAAACAUGAGACUAGGAAGUGUGUCUGGGUA